ACGACUGCUCUGUUCUCGCUCACUUCCUCAGGAUCAGGAUUACCUCUCUGUAGGCUGUUGGAGUUCAGUUCUUUGUGUGCAGAGCUGCAGUUCCUCUUUCUGUGCUCGUGACCGUGUGAAGUUGUUGCCGUCUGCAGGUUUGGAAGGUUCGAGAAUUUGACUGCCGUCAGACACGAGGAGCAGAAACGUCCAUCAGAAGAAGAAACCAAGUGGCUGUGACCUCAUCUGGACAAGUUAAAGGAAACAACGAUGACAACACAUGAAGAUCUUUGGAAAACUCUGGAGGAUCUGACACAUGAACAGUUCAAGGGGUUCAAGUGGUUCCUGCAGCAGCCAAACAUCCAUGAAGGGUUCUCAGCCAUCUCAGUGGCCCAGCUGGAGAAGGCAGACAGGCAAGACACGGUGGAUCUGAUGGUGCAAAGAUUUUACCUCCAUGGGGCUCUGGACUUAACCAUGAAGAAUUUAGAGAAGAUCAGCAGGAAUGAUCUGGUGCAGGGUUUGUUACACACCAGCUCAAGAGGGAAAGACCUCAAGAACUUUGGCUCUGUUCCUCUCAAUACUGAUUAUGAAAGAAAGAAGGCCAAGCUGGGGGAGACAAAGGAUGAAAUUAAGUUGAUGAUCCAGGAGAGAAAGAAGAUGAUCAGGGAAAUCAAUCGCUCAGCAGAGUUCAGCAGUAAAUCUGCAGACAGACAUAUCGCGGACAGUAAGCAGAGCUCUGCUGUUCUGCAGCAUUCUGUCGAGAGAAGUCUGGAUAAUCUCAUCAGGGAAAUUAAAGAAAAGCAGGAAACGGCACUGAAAGAGGCCAAAGGAAUCAUCAAAGAGCUGGAGCAGGAAAUUUCUAAACUGACAAAGAGAAGCGCUGAGGUGGAGCAGCUCUCACACACUGAAGACCACCCUGACUUCCUGCAAAGCUUCUCGUCCCUGAAUGCUAUUCCACACACUAAGAACUGGAAAGAAAUCAGCGUGACUCCACCUACAUAUGGGACAAGUGUGGGGAAAGCGGUUAUUGAGUUGGAGGAAAUACUCAAGAAAGAGAAAGAGAAAUUGUUUUCUAAGGCCAAGCUGAAGAGGGUCCAGCAGUUUGCAAAGGAUGUGACUCUAGAUCCUGAUACCGCAAAUGCCAGCCUCAUUUUGUCUGACGAUAGGAAAGAAGUUUACUGUGGUGACGUAACACAAAGCCUCCCAGACAACCCAGAAAGAUUUAAUCCUGCUAUAAAUGUUUUAGGAAAGCAGAGUUUCUCUUCAGGAAGAUUUUACUACGAAGUUCAGGUUAAAGGGAAGACUUCCUGGGAUUUAGGUGUCGUCAAAGAGUCGAUUGUCAGGAAGGGGUCGAUCUUAGCAAGCCCAGAGAACGGCUACUGGACUAUAUGUUUAAGGGAAGGAGAUAAGUACAAAGCUUCUGCUGCCAAUAUCAGUGUAAAAAAGCCGCUGAAUAAGGUGGGUGUGUUUGUGGAUUAUGAGAAGGGUUUAGUCUCCUUUCAUGAUGUAGAUUCUGCAGAACUUAUCCACAACUUUACUGACUGCUCCUUCACUGAGAAACUCUACCCAUUCUUCAGUCCCAGUCGUCAUUACAAUGGUAGAAACUCCACACCUCUGAUCAUCUCGACUGUCAAUUACAGUGAUUAGAUUUCAUCAACAUUCCACUUGAAAUGUAUUCUGAAAUGUAGGAUACAUCACAAAUUGUGACCAAGUUAACAAGUUAAUGAUUUCAUGAUGUUAUACAACAUUGUGGGUGAUGAGGCAUAUGCUUUGAAACAGUCUGAAAAUGAAUUUGGGUUUGGUUGUAGUGCCAAAUUGUGCCCCUAGAUGGGGCCACUUGCUUUUUGAUUAAAUGGAGUUACAGAUGUGUUUGCUGGCUUGCUCUGCUAACUGAUGCAGUCUUUAUUUCACCAGGAAGGAGUUGCUAUGUGCAUAUGAUGAAUACUGUACAAUAAGGUAACCAUGUAUAAAUAACUUCAUUAUCUUUGAUUUGUUGGCUUCCUGAGUUAGCUAGUGUUGAAUAAAUCAUGCAAAGUCCUGCUCAAAACUUGUUUUAAUGUAAUACCUGUAUAUGGUGAGCUUAUAGACACAUAGUGGGUCUGAGUUCCCAGAUGAUAGUAGAUAUCACCAGGUAGAGAAAGGUUACACUGAGGUUCAGAACAUUUGAUCAAUGUCAGCAAGAUGUUAGUGUAUGUUAAAAUGUGUAUUCUUCAUCACAUGUUAAUGCUAUACUACCUUCUAGAACACAACAAACCAGCAGUUUCAUACAUGUGUCCAAAAUCUUUGGCGCAAAAACUUGUUGAGUGCAAACUAAUGCAAAUAGUGAACCAAAUGGAAAUUGGGAAUAUAACAUCAAGGGACAAUUUUACUCUGAGGCCACCUUUCCCCAAAUGGGUGUCAGGGUUUUUGGACUGCAGUUCCUCUUUUGACCAUGUGGGGUCGCCACCGUUCAUUUCUGUGUGUCAUGUGCUUGUCUUUAUUGUUUCAUUGGUUGCACCUGUUCCUUGUUUGCUAGCCUUUAUAAGCUGCCUGUUUUCUUCUGUUCAUUGCUGAGUCUUGAUUUGUUGCCGGAGGCCAAGUUCGUGAGUUUUGAGUCGUCUCUUGAAGUGUCCGUUUUUGUGCCCUUGUCUCGAGUUCCUUAGUUAACUGCCUUUUUACUCUUUAGCUCUUGAGAUCCUUUUGCUGUCCGCUUUUCGGAUAUCCUCUGUUGAUCCUGUUUUUGC